UUCCUGCUCCCAUCGGCGGCGUCCCCGAUUGCAACUCUCCAGUCCUCCUCCGUGUUCGUUCCCUGCGCGAAUUCGGUAGCUGCGCGGCACAAGCCACCAUAAAUCCAUCCAUCCCAGGCCAAUCCGCCCAGGGUGCGAUACUACUCGAGAAACUUUUUUGGGGGAAUCAACUCAAGUCUCGAGUUUUAGCCUUCGCAGAUCCGCGAAUCGCAAUCAAGCCGAGAUGGCCGGCCGCUUCCUGUUCCAGAAACUCUCCUCCCGGAUGUCUAGGUCCAGCGAGCCUGUCGCCCGCCUUGCUUCGGUUUGGGAAGGCAGCAUCAGGAUACAUAAUCAUGAACCUGCAGCGCACCUUACCACGGUGGCUCCCAAUAACUCUGGGAUUCAUGGCCAUGAAGGCGGCAUUAGAACCCUCCGUAACCUUAUCAAUGGAGCUUCUGCACAUCCUAGCUUGGCGGCCCCCAAGCUCCCUGCCAUUCAUGGUUAUGCUACAAGGUACUUCAACACACUGCUGUGCACUCGUGCAUCUUCUGGAACAGGCAUCCCGACAAAUAGCGUUCCCCCAGUUCUCUCCUUGAAGCCGGAAUUUGUGAAUUCUGCUGGAGUCAAGCGAACUUUCUCAUCCAGUACGUCCACCAAUGACACUACAACUAGCACAGCUGAAUGGGAUGCUAAAUUGGCAGCAGCCAAAGCCGAAGUGGCAGAUUGGUUUGCCAAAAAGGAUGAGGAGAAUGCUGCGUUCCUUAGAUACUAUAGGAGACUUCUAGUUUCCUGGUGUAUAAUAUUUUGGUGUUUCUUCGAUAUGUUGGACAGUGGGUCUUCACACAAUGACACAAGUCAGUGCGAAGGCAAAAGCGGAUCACAUUGUCAAGCUGCAGCAAGUGCCAAUCCAGCCGUUAAAUAUCCCUAAUAAGGAAGAUUUCAUGCUACGCUUGAAAAAUGCCUGCAAUGGUGAGCAGCAUAGUUCUGGGGGCUUUGGGCUGGUUGUGUGCUGUUCGAGCUUGGAAGUGAAGGUCAGGGAGUCGGUCGUGAAGGUGGCUGGACCCAUGGAAGAGAUUUGGUGGGCGGUUGAUCUAGCGCCGGAGACGGUCGGAGGCCGAUCGUGAGGGAAAACGAGAACAGCAGGCCGCACAGCUUUGGAUUCAGCCAAACAGCUGUUAUAAGUGCUGAAAUGUGGAACACAGGAAAAGUAAAGAGCAUGACAAGGAAGAAGUUUCGUCAGUCUUGCAAUGAUGGUAGCUUCUUUAGUUUCGUCAAAAGUAAAGAGCACGACAAGGAAAAAGUGCAUUUAGUUUUGUAAUUGAUAGAUGAUAAAUAGUGUUAACUUUUUUUACUUAUCUGGUUGAUGUUUCAAGAUUGUUCAUUAUCCAACAGUUAUUGUCAUCAAUUUUUUGAGCCAAGAAUUGAGAAAUAGUCAGUCCAACAUCUGUGUUUUCUGUGUGUGGUAGCUGAUAGGAUGUGGACUGAUAUUUCUUCAAUAAUUACUGGAAGGAAAGUUGGGGAUGGUUUUGAAUCAA